CGUGUUUGGAUGUGUGUAUAACAUCUAACCAUGUGAAACAUUGAAAUCCUGCUCUAAGGGGUCUCCUAAGGACAGUGGCGCUUUAAAUAAAUUGCAACAUAUAAUCAGCAAAUUAAGAGUACGCAAGUGGGAAGUGCUUUGACUGAUUGACCGAUUGAGAUAAGCGCCUUCGCUGCAAAGAUGUCAGACGAUCGCGUUUAUAAAGAUGGCGACAUCGUUUGGGUGAAGCUGGGCAACAACUGGUGGCCUGGUGAGGUGACCGGCGUGCAGCGCCAACCAGAAGGUCUCCUCAAACACCUGAAAAAGAAGCCAUAUUGCGUUGUGAAAUUUUUCCAAGAAGAUGCCUACGAAUAUAUAAAGAGUGCAAAGCAAAUUUUUCCUUUCCAAUGCAGCAAAAAAGAUGAAUUCAUCAAAAAGGGUACUGCAUUAUAUAAUGCCAAAAAUAAGUUCAUGGAGAAGUUCCCCUCCGAUGUGGAGAUCGCUGAGCGUUUAACGCGCAAAGCUACAGAUUUGCUAAUCAUCAACGAUCGUCCGGAUAGUAUUGUCAAAGCUAUACUGGGUCCAACGUAUACCCGAUGCAGUAGCGAUUACUACGACACUGAGUACAACAAUAGUAGUUGUAAUACUGACUAUAACAAUAAGCGCAGAAGUGGGGAUUCUGUAACGAAAAUCCUCAACAUUACACCACAACGUACAUCAACAGCAACUACAACAGCCAUGCGCACUCCAGAAACUGUGAAAUCAUUAACAUCACCGCUAAUCACACCAAACUAUACAAACACAACGAAUUCGAUUGCUGCGAGUAGCGCCAAUACAAACUUUUAUCGGUGUAAUUUGUGCAAUUUCUCCAGCCAGCGGCAGAAUGUCAUGAUAAUGCAUCGCCGUACGCACAGUGGAACUGGCACACCAGCAUCCGCUGCGAUACUUUCACGGAAAACCACUUCUGCUACCAUUACGACAACGAGUGCAGCUAAGCUGUCUACUAAUAGUACUGCCUGCACCACACCACCGCCUACAACAUCAUCUAAAGAUACAAGCAAUUUCCUGAGCGUACAUGUUGAACGUAAAUGCCAAGAGACAAUCCGCACCGGCGCAGCCCCUAUACCAAAGUCAGCGAACAGUGCAGCUCCGGUGAAUAGUCGAAGUGCUAGUGCUGUCAAAAAUAGACCACAACUGACGACGGUCGAAGGCGAGGGAAUAGGUCGUGGCGUUGCUGGUUCAUCGCGCUCGAAACUACGUUCAUCGUUGCGCAUAGAUGCCGAUGUGACAGAAAUUACUCUGCCAGAUGGUAUGCCGGUAGGUGCAUCAAAAGAAGAUCUUAAACUUACUGAUGACGACACCACCGAUAACUCAUCAUCACCUACAACGGAGGAGUUGCUGAGGGCAUGCAGUCCGCGCAAGCACAAUAUUGAUGUUAGCGACACCGCUAGUAACGCGAUUGUGUUGAACAGUACAGCUGAGGAAAUCCGACAACGCCUACUGGCUGAUUGGAGUGACGGUGAGAAGGAAGAUGAGAUGGUGAACGACUUUAAGAAACUAGCGACUCGAGGCGCUACAACUCCAACAAAUGCACAUGAAUCUGAAAUAAACAAGUUAACGCUACAGGCAGACGUCAUUAGAAAGGAUGAGCCGAUUGUAUAUGGCAUGGCAACACCAAUAAGUUCAGCGAUAUGUAAUAACGGGCCACAAACUUCGAAUCAGAAUCGUAUUCGAAACAUACCGAAAAAGGAUCGACGCGAUGCGGUAUUGAAAGAAUUCAUAAAUGACUACACCGUCGAGUCGCCAGCGGCCGUCGUGAAUCUGGAGAGUAUCAACUGCAGCAGCAGCAACAGCUCCGAUUCAGUGGUUGUAGUGGCGGUGGUUCCGCCAAAUAGUGAAACCAUUGUCGUUGAUGACAACGGCGGCACCGAUGGUGAAGCGGAAACUUCAGGAGGCGAAAUCGUAGUAAAAGGUAGUGAGAUACCAGCGUCCGAUUUGCCAUUUAACGUUACAAAAGGAGAUCAAAAUCGCACUUUGGGCGAGGACAAUGCAGAAGUCGUGUUGCAGAAUCCAACAAGAGAGCCUCGUAGAGAAAUAGAAUUACAGGAAAUAGUUCAGGCUAAAGUAGAGCAGGAACUUGUGGAAUAUAUACAGAGGGACGCUAGGAAUGACGAACGGCGGAAUGAAGAAUUUCAUGCGGAGCGCCUUAAAAAUGGAGAACAGUUUAUUUUAAUGUCCGGUGAGUUAGCAAAAGAUGAAGUUGUAAGCAGAGAAGAAAUGGUGCGAAGUUCGUCGAGUGAAGAAAGCGAUAGAGCCGAUUUGAAGGAGGAAAGUAAAGUGAACGACAUCGACUCAGAAAUACGCAAACAAUCGACAAAACAAAGAAGCCGCGAAAAAGCAGCAAAAUUUAAAAGAAGACAGAAAGCUACAAAUGAAGCGCCAAAAUAUAGCCUGGAAACCCCAACAAAAGAAGAGCAUUUGUCAAAUGAACAGUUUUCACUGGGAGCGGAGGAAUCGAUUAUGCCUAGGUCGCCACAGCGUUUGAAAGAAGAAGAACGCCCGUUAACCAGCUUGGCAGCUGCGCAGCAACAACUUCCCACAGAUUGUUUUGAUUUUCAAGAGGAAGAGGAUGAUACAUGCAGCGAUGCUUUAAAGUCGAUAGCCGAUUUCAAAAAGAAAUAUCUCUCUCCGGAAAAAUCACAAGACAAAGCGCAAGCGGAUAACGGCUUGCCGUCCGAAAGCGAAAGACGACGUUCCACCGAACAGAAGGAUCAGCAGUUGGCAUACGACAUUGAAAAGCUGCUCGAACAAGCGACGGCACCAAGCAUUGUCGAUGCCGCAAUACCUGCUGCAGUAGCGCGCACGCACUCAUUCGGCAGCAGCAAGGAGGAGCUGCCUGUGAAGGGGUUGCCAAUCAAGGAACGAGGCAAGCGUAUAUUCAAGUCGCGUAACCGUUCCCGUAUCGAUGAGACAUCACCAUUAGCGGGAGUUGGAAUGGAAAAUGUGGUGCCCGCACAAAUAAUGGAUAUUGUUGAACCAAAUGUGACUGUGGAAAACCAACUGCAGCAACAUACAAAAAUUAUUGGGGAAAGGGACCAUGAAGAAAAAGUUGGUCCAUAUAAAGAAUUUGCGCGCGUGGAAAGAGCUGAUGAAUAUGAAAAUGCACAACCCUCUGAUGCACCACCGGCACCUGCUGUACAAACUACUGCUGAAAAAAUGGAGGGCGUGGAAACACUUGAAAUACAGAAAGAAAACGAAGGAAAUGCAGAAAUUGUUAAAAAACAGUUCGACGAGGAACCAACCGUUUUAAAAGUAAAAACCGUUAAUAAUGGUGUGCUCAGUACGCCAACUGCAAAGGAUGCUGCAGGUCAUGCAAGUGCGGAAGAUAAACAAUGCGAGAGUAGAGGACUGAAUGGCGAAAAUUUAGGUCUGCCGGCGGCAAAUAUUGACAAUGAGGAGAAAUCAGAACAAACUGUUACAGAUGAAGCACCAAGUAAUGGAAAUGAUUUUGAGUCUACAACGCAAAUUGCAGAAGAAAAAGAUGAUGAAAACAAUCCGCAGACACAAGAAGGUCUCAGUGACCAAAUUGCCAAUGCCGUUCAACCAGAGAGUGAACAAGAAAACGGUGAUGAAAACAGCAACAGGAAUGCAAGUGAAGGGGAUAACUUAGUAGUUGUGCAGGAAGAUCUGAUGGAACAAAUACAGGAAAAUGCUGCUCACGAAAUGGAACUCUCAAAUGAAAGUGUUUCAAAUGAGAUUCCAGGCAUGCCACUAGCAAGCAAUGAAACUACUGCUGAAACUAAUUUUAUAAAUACACAAGCGGCUAUAGACAAAGAAGAAUCAGAAGUGGAAUUAACAGAGCUGCCGGCACGCACCGCUGAUCCGGAACUGGUGCACGAAGCUGAGGAUUCUUUAGCUGCUACGCUGAAAAAUGACAUGGCGGAGGAGCAGCACGAUAUCGCUUUGAUAAGCGAAGAAAUACCACAAAGUCGACUCACUUCGCCCACUGACGACAACAGUUCGAUAUGUAUCUCGGAGGCUGGCGCAGAAUUCGGUUCGCCCACCUCAAUGCUGGAUGAUGAACGUUUACCAACCAUAACUGGUAGAUUGAUGACUCCCACCGAUGCAUUGAUUGAUGCAAUGCCAGCCGGUAGUGAAGAUGCAAAAGCAUUAGAAGUUGCACAACAAACAGAAAUCAUAGACGAGCUACAAAAUGGCAGUGGAGUACAAAACGAUGUUGCGGAAUUAGCACAGGAAACUACUUCGGUUGAUGUGGAUGAUAAAACAGGCGAAAUAGAAUGUGUAGAAGGAAUACCAAUGGGUGAAAUAACGACUGAGACUUUUACUGCAGAAGAAGACGUCAAUCCCACGGAAAAUAAAGGUAAUGAGUUGAUAGCAACAAUCGCUGAGCAAGAGGAUACCGAAAGUCAGGAGGCGUCGAAAGAACUUCUUUUGGAGGAAGCAAAGCAUGUGGAAAAAGCGGAUGAAAGCAGUUUCCAAGAUGCAUGUGACAUUACAGGCGUUGCGGAGCCAUGCAGUGGUGACGAAAAUAAUCGAGAUAAUAACCAACAAGAUAGCGCAGAAAAUGAAGCAGGCGUAGAUGGUGCACACAACAUUGGAGAUGGCGAAUUAGUAAACACAGAAAGUGAGGCGCCAGAAAUGCAAAAUGAAACCGCAAUUCCUGCAGAGGCGUCGGGUGAAGUAGGUGAAAGUGAGGCAAACAAUAAGAAACCCGCGAGCGAACUUGUGCACAAAAUCAUGGAGGAGCAAGUGGAAGACAUUGGAAAUGUGCAAAAUGCGCAAGUGGGAAAUGCGCCAGCAAAUAUGCAAGUUGAAGAUCAGUCGCUUACAGAUAACACUGAGCAGCGAGCAGUGGACGAAGUAGCGAGCACCGCAAAGCAGUUAAAUAGCAUAGAAGAAGUCGUGCCUACAGAAGAAUCAGUUACAGAAAUUAUUGAGCAUGUGGAAAAUGAGGAAUCUGACAUGGACGACGAUUUUAUCGAGAGUCCGCCGCAUGAACCGCUUUCUGGGCACGAAGGCGAUGCAGAACUAUUGUCUGCAAAAACUAAAGUGUUGACCAAAACUCAAAAGCGGCGUACGAUUACUGCAAUCGAUAAUACAAACACUGAAGAGAGCACACAAAGUGAAGAUAGCGUUGAGCGGCGAAGGCCCACUCCAACGCAUUCAGAACAUUCAAACGUUUCACCAAAACACAUAACCGAAUUUACCAAAGAAACGAGUAGCAGAAGACGCCAGACCCGAGCUACAAAGCAGCAACAAUCAAAGUCUAACGAUUUUAUGAAAGAAUUAGAUUUAUCCGAUUUGCACGAAGCAGCCACCAAAGAGGAAAGUGAAGAGAAAGUGUUGACGAAGCCAUUAAAAACGACAGCACGCCAACGAAAAGCAACGAAAAUCUCUAAAUUAACAGCAAAAGUGAACGAACAAAAUGAAAAGCCUGACAUGGACGUUGUGGCAACUGAAGUUGUUGCCACAGAGCAACAAGUAGUGAACGAAGAGUUAGCGACUGCAGAGGUAUUGAACGAGCGCACGCAAACACCAAAUGAAGCUGAGCUCACUGAACCGCUAGAUCUACUACAGUGUGGCGAGCAAGCGAAUGACGCAAUUGUAGCUGCUAUAAAAUCUGGAGGAUCCUCACGUAAACGGCGUAGCGCAACUAUAAUAACGCCCCGUCGAAAUGCCAGCGGCACACCAAAUACUAAUACUCGUGAGAGUGAAUUAGCAGACAAAGACGAGCCAAUGCAGCGAGCAAAAAGUAGAAAAUUGGAAGAGAGCUCAAUUAUAGACAACACUGCAAAUGUUGAAACAUUUCAAACAACGGAAGAAUUGAAUGCCUCAAUCGAUAUGGAAAACUGUGAAAGUUUAAUUGAAGAAGUGGACGAAUCCGAAUUGAUUGUUGAAGACAAUGAAGGCGCCAAUAUGGCUAGUCCGCAAUUACAAUUACAAAGUAAUGACGCAAUUAAUCCGCUUGUCGUAGAGGAGGAGCAAUGCAUCAUUCAAGAAGUGUACCUAAACGAUACAAUGUCCAUGCAACAAAUAGCAAUUGAAAACUCUGCAAACGACAAUAUCGCAACUGUGGAAGAUGCUGCAGAAGCAACAGUCUCGGAGAUAAAUUCAUUUCGUCCACACGAUGUACCCAAUGCAGUGGAGUAUGUCGAUUACGCCUCAAUUGAGCAUCAGCAGCCGAUAGAAGAGGUGAUUGUCAGUGAUGCCAACACAGUAGAAGCGGCGACGGAAUGCGACACGCUGCAGAGCCUAAACACCAGCACGAAUAACGCAAAUGUGACCUUGAAUCAGCGACGAGCCUCAACACGUGAUGCUCAGCCAACGGCAGAUAAUGUGUGCAUCAACAUUUCUCCUAUGGAGAAGGUCCGCAUCAACGUGGACGUCGCCAAUCCACUAUCGACGCAAAUAGCUAAUAUUUUGGCCACAAAAUCAGCAGGUGGUGCAGCAUCAACGGCCGUAAAACACAGAAAGGCAAAUCUUGAAGAGUCCAUCCCAUCAUUCAUCAUUGAGAGGCCAGGACAGGCCGGCAAUGCACAUCAACAACAUGCGUCGACUUCAGGCCUUGAAUUUACCAUUGGCGAACAGGAUGCCGUUGCGCACGUACAGCAAAUGUGUCCACAGGUGAAAAUCACACGCAAAGAGAAAUUUAUUGAAGAACCACUCACUGCUGAUAAUGUAGUGCAACAGGACACAAUUGUGGCCACUUCUGGCGCCAUGUUCGACAUCAGCAAUAUGCCCAUUGUGCUGGGCAAUGAGCACUUCAUGUCGGCACAGGGCGACAUGCAAAUCGUAUUGACAUCGUCCGCGGAGGCAGAGACGAGUUUGCGUACAGAUGGUCCACAAAUCCUACAACAGCAAAUUCUGCAACCUGCUUACAGAUCAUCACUGCAAGCUGCACAACAGCGACAGCGCAAACGUUCCACGAAUCAACAGCAGCAGCAGCAGCAGCAGCAGCAGCAGGUGCAGCAAACAGGCGGCGCAAAUUGCCAAGUGGGUAGUAAUAAGCAUGGCAUUAUUAUAAUCAAGGCGGCGCCGAGUGAUUUGAUCAUUCAACAGUCGCCGACGCUGCAAGUGACACAACAGCAGGCGCAAGCGAUUGCCGCUGGAGGCACGCAGCAAUUGUCUACAUCUCCUGCAGAUGCAACGACCAUGUACAAUCUGGGCUCGGGUGUUACUUUGCGUCCGAUAGCUGAGCCAAAACAAAAACAGCAACAACGCCAACAGCAGCAAAAGCAACAAAUCGCUGCAAACAAACCGAAGUCGCCGGCAGCAGCAGCUACCGGUGGACGCAAACAGGCUGGCAAUACAAUAACUUUGCCCAGCAGCAUAACCGUAAAGCAGCGGCAACAAAAAGUAACGGAUGGGCUGACAAGUGCAGCCGCUACAGGAACGACCACAAAGGCUACAACUAGUGAACAACAACAAUUAACCCAGUCCGCCUCUGUAAGUGGUAAUAAAGCGCAAAAGCGUAAUCACCCAACGAAUUCACGUCGUUCACAAACGCAGAUCGUUCAGCAACGGCGACUAACUGCCACAGCCAGCAGUUUAGUAGAGCUGCAGCGUCAGCAAGAACAACAACAUGUUGUUGACGGAGUUACUACGCUUUUGAAUCGACGCCUCAGCUAUACAGAAGCGCACGCACCGUCGCCUGCCAAAAUUUCCCGAAGUGCCGACAAACACAGUGAGUCAACAUUUGCGGCGACGGCUGAGCAACAAUUGUUACAGUUGCAGCAACAGCAACAGCAACAUCUUCAACAGCAACGACAAAAAGUACAAUCCCCAACGACGAGUGUGUCUAUCAGUGCAACGCAGCCACCUCCACUGCAUCCGCUACACAAUCGCAAACGUCAUUCGUCGCAACAACAACGAAGAAUGAGCACAAAAUCUGAGGUGACGCAUUCGCAAACGCAGUCAUGCGCACAAGAACAACAACAACAACAACAACAACUGCAGCGGCUGCAGCCAACGCAAAUGGUGUUAUUGGAACAACAGCAACAUCAGUGUUUAGAACAAGCCCAACAACAAGAACAACACGUAACUGCUGUGCAUAUAGCGGAGUUGGCUGCGUCACCGUCAACAUCCGACGUUAUACCAGCGGAGUAUGAAGCGGUACAGCUGCAAGAGGAAGCACCGGAGGUUUACACUGAAGAAAUUUUAGCUGAAGAGUUUGAAGCGAAUGAACAUACUCCCUCGGUAAUAGCCGUGCCAUCACAACCAGUACCAGGCUACCCGGAUACAUUGCUGCUAUGCCGUAGGGUUGACGAAGAGUGGAUACCGGUGGUAGCGCAGCCUUUUUACUAUACUCGAAGUGAUCAACAAUUGAGACCUAUACCGAAAGAAGUGCUGAUCGGACGACCGAUAUUGACGCCGAGCACAGACAAAGCAACAGAGUUCCCAGUUGAAACCGAAGAAGUGCAGACGGUUUCCGCUAAUGACGCUUACAAAGAGGAGACAGGAGUCACCAUACUAAUUGGUAAUAAUUACGUGCACAUGGAAUGGGAUCAGUUUUUGGAAGUGAUGCGCUCCAAUGAUGACGUGUACAAUCUGCGCGCCGAAAACGGGCAUGUCUUCCAGCUGACACGAGACGCAUUAGUAACACUGCAGCAAGAUGCUAAUCUGCAGGAAAAAUACCGUCAGCUGCAGCAGCUGUUGGAGGAACAGCAAUUGGAAGAGCAACAACAACUGGAGCAGCAAGAAUUGAUGCAACAACAGUUCAUACAACAGCUGCAAACAGUUACAGUUACCGGUGAAGAGGGCCUCGAAACGGAUAUCAUACCAUUGCUGCAUAUAGACACAACUCAGACGUUGCAAUUGAUUGGCACCGAUGAUGGUAAUCUAAUAUUGCAACCGGCCCUGGCACAGCCACCACUUUCUCCACCUUGCACGCGGCCUGCGCUCACAAAUGCCACCAAUGCGCUACUCAAUCAAACACCCAUUAUGUCACCACUUGAGAAGCCAUCCACCGCAGCGGCAGCGACCACUUUGCUAGCCGAUAGUUCUGGACAGCACAUCAAUUUGGCAACCGCAACAUCACCCGAGCAACUGGUUGCAGCCGGUUUCAUAGCGGCCGACACAGGUAGUGCUAUGCCAGCCUGUCGACCCACAUUGGGCGAUAGUUUGGCUGUUAUAGGCGUUGUGCCGACACAACCCACACUGCUGCCCACCACCGUUACCAAUCCGGCAAUUGCGCCGCCCAAAUCCGAUCUAAUACCAAACAUGACGACGGCUGCUCAAAUGCAUGCGCAAUAUCGUCAUGCACAACGUGCAAUUUACAACGAUCCUGGGAGUUAAUAUUGUCCGAACGUGCUUUAUUUAGACAAUCUGCCCAGUGGCUUGGAGGAUGAGGUGCACGGUGCGGAGGGUGCAAUGGGGGACGAUGUUGGCGCUGGUAAUGCGGUGGAAGAUGUGGGAGCUGGUGUUGUCAGCAUGGGCAUGGGCGUGAGUGAGGUGGAUGAGGUGACUGAUAUGGAUGCAAAUGUGCUUUACACGUAGCCUUGCUUAGCUGAGAAUAUCGAGGUGUUAAUCAUUGCAUAAGUACAUUAAAAAAAAAAUAAAAAAAAAAUAAAAAAAUACAAAAACAACAAAAUACAAAAAUAAAAAAUGCAAAAAAAAAACUAAGAAAGCUAAGAUGCAAAAUAAUCAAUAAAUCUGUAUCUGCGCAUACAUACGCAUAAGUCUAUAUAUUUUUUUAAGAUAUGCUUAUUGAAUUUGUGCUAAAAAUUGCGCAAAACUGUUAGAACUUUGGCUAGCAAUUACACUCAUUGAAUUUUGGCAAAAUACAAAAAACAAACAAAGAAAAAAAAUUAUAAAAAUAAAAUCAAAACAAUAUUUCAUUUAAGCGCAAAAAAUAUUCACUUGGAGCUGAUGCCUCAAGCGAAAAAUUAUAAAAAAGUAAAAAUAAUAAUAAUAAUAAAUUAAAAAAAAAAAAAUUAAAAAAUAA